AUAAAAAUUACUUUAUGCAUGAAGAUGAUAAUAGAACAAUGUAAUCAAAUUUGUGAUUUUUUGUGAUUGUCUUAUUAACUUAUUCCAAAUCUUUUAUUGUUUUAUAUUUGGUGUCUUCGUUUAACAUGUAAUAUGACUGUUUGACGACGUUGUAUUGCUUUAAGAGAUGAAUAUUCUUCUCUUCACUUUUGUAUUGUGAAAAAAGAAAAAAAUGUUUGGAAGACCGAGGUGCAGAGAAUGGACUCCUUUAACCACACAGCAACUUCGAUUACGAAGUUUAAUUCAGAUUGUCGGCUACAACAUACGCCCACCAGAGUGGUGUAAUCAUCAAUGUAGCUAUUACUUAACUCUACAUCACACAACAAUGUCAGCACCGUUCUAUACAAGUGAGAGAAUAUCAUCACCACAUCCUAAAUGGAAAGAGAUUGAUUCAGAAAUCACUCAACGUAUAUCAUCAACAAAUGUUGUCAUACGAAUCUGGUGUCAUAUGCUCUCACCUUGCAAAGACGGUGAAGAAACAAUUGAUCAAAUCCAAGAUACAAUAAUUCAAACAUGGGGCGUCUAUUUCAGCGGUCUUAGAUACAUUGGCGCGAAUUUAGCACUAAAUUUUAAUUCAGAUUGCUUUAAAAGCAACACACUUGUUUUCCAAAUGCUCGGAGGUUACUUCUGUUCCUAUAAAAGUCUAAAAUUAGAUAUAAUCCCACCAGAAAAUGAAACUGAACAGGGUUCAUUUUCAUCAGACUCAACAGACCGUUCUAAAAUUGAGUCUAAGUUGAUAAAAGACAUACGGUCCAUAUCCCCUGGAAAAUUAAAAAAGUUAGACAAAGAAUACUCUAAAAGUCACAGUCCAGUUGAUAGAGGCUUAAAGCAGAGUUUUCCAACUCUGCGGCCCUCAUCUAGUUUAAAUAUAGGUAGGAAAAGGGAUGACAGCGUCGAGCGAAUGCAUAAUCCCAAUCACAUAUACGAACAUUCGCCGGAUUUAGUUAAAGAAUUUAGGACCAGUGAUAUCAACUGUGAUAUAAACGGCGAAGACGUAUCGAGAAUAGAUUUGAGUGAAACGGCCGAAAGUUACGAUUUGAGAAACGAAAUGGACGGUGUUCCUAAAUACCGAUAUAUGGCACUGAAUUUUCUAAAAUCGGAAAUUAGACAGAGCUACAACGCAACUAAAUUGCAAAACCUCCAUUUACUUCAGUAUGCUAUAAAGAAAAAGCAAGAAGCCGUUCAAGAGAUUAAGGAAAGUAUAUAUAAAAAGUCAGCGUUGUCUGACUCAAUAGCACAGCCAGAAUUUGAAGGAAAGCUAAAGAACAAAAGUAAAUCACAGCGAAAUUUGUUUUCCCCGCUUGAAGAUGACUUAAAUAAGAUGAAAUCUUCUUCGCAGAGUGAUUUGACAAAAAACGGAAAGAUUAAGGAAGAUAAAACACCUAUAUCUAAUGGACCAAGACUGACUUUAAAAUUAAACGAUUUGCUUUCAUAUAAGUCUAAACCGUCUCCCUUCCAAAGGGCAGAGCAUAUUAGAUUAACAAAGCAAUUAGAAAUACUUCAUUUUAAGCGACUUAUCCUCUCAGAUGAAAGAGAUAGCAAAUAUGCAAAUAUUAGAAGACUGAAAGAGAGGCAGGCUAAGUUGUUUGAAGAGAAUCAGGAUGUUGGCUCUGAGCUGAUGACGAACUACUACGCGUUAUCCCGUCGCAACGAGUCGUUAAAGGAGUUGCGCGAAGCGUGUUGUGCGAUGCGUGAACUCGCAGCGCGAAAUCACGCAGCCCUUAAUAACUGUAGAAGCGAGUUAUUGCUGCAUCUGCAGAAGAUAUUUUAUAUAGAACAGAAAGAUGCAACCACAUGGACAAUAAUUGAUGUGCCUCUACCCAUAUGCGGUGAUGAAACGCGAGCAUCGAACCCGGUACCGGACAGUGUGGCUACGGGCUUUGUAGCGCAGGCCACAGUACUGGCUGCCGCGAUUUUAAACCAACCACUGCGCUAUAAAAUUACUUUGUUGGGUUCUGCUAGCAAAAUACUCGAUAUUACACCAGACUUGCCUGAUCCAAACUUACCGCUCUUUGCGAGAGGCGGCGAUAUGACCCUAUUUCGUUAUGCCAUGUUCCUGUUAAACAAAUGCAUAGCACAAUUACUAUGGGGGAGGGGCUUAGCCGUACACGACAUGAGACCGACUUUGGCUAAUUUACAACGCCUGCUAAUUACGCCCUGUAAUCUGUCGGACACGUCAAAAUUAUUCGGUACGUAUCAAUGGUUGGCUGACGGCGAUUGUCCUAGAACGCAGUCGUUAAGAAGUCUAGUCGCCUCUGAUAGAGGAAAAUAUAGCAGGCAGUUUAAUAGAUUUAAGGAAUGCGUAGACGGACACACAUCGCAAAAGAAAUCGCUGCAAAGACAUAAACACUCUAGAAGCGAUGGGAGUUGCUAUCAAGAGGAUGCCAAUCUCACAACGCUAAAUACGUCAUCUACAUCGAUAAUGGGGAGUGAAUCAAAUCUAUAUAAUAUAAAAUUGGCAGAAUCCAGCAACUUCAAGACCCAAUCGAACCCCGAAAUAUCGUCAAUGAAAAGCGAAGAAGUGCUUUUCACUAUCGGUGCUGAUCAGAAGCUCCUCAAAAUAUCAUCAAACAAUGAUGACGUCUCCGAAAUCUGCUCAGCCAUCAAUGACUAUUGCGCGAAGACAGACAUACACAACUUCGAUGUGGCGAAGCAUAUGAAAUGCGAGACAGAUGUGUGUCCGGAAAUUGAGGAUUUAUGUGUGAGUUGCGAUAGGAAUAGUGAUGUGUGUAAUUUGGAGUGUUCGAACAAUGUGUCUGACGUCAUUGUUAUACCCAGUGCCGAGGCGAUUAUUGAAGAUUGACAAUAGCGCCAUCUAGAAUUUAUUAAAGGGCUGUUAUUUUAAAUUAGGUACGGUAGCGAAUAAUUUUUACUCUGUUAAGUUUAGAUAACAAGAGCGAGACCAGACAAGAAACAUUUGCUAUGUCAACUCACGCUUUGCACUUUGUGCUUGUGUGACAAGAACUACUUUUAAAUUUCGAAUUUCGGGCUCAGGAGCCGUUCAAGUAUUACGUCAGCACUAUAUUGUCUGUGGUUUUCUUAUUAGGUGAUUACCUCAAUAGUAAUUAUUUACGUUUUUACACAUAUUACUCACACAUUGUCUAUGUUGGAAAAAGAAAUGCAUUUUCGAGGAUUCCUACAAAAAAUUUAUACGUGUAUGUAUUAUUGUUUAUGAGAGUUUUGCUUACUUUUGCUGAAAAGAGGAAGGGGGGGGGAUAAAUUGGAGUAAAUCCACUUACGUAAUACUUGAAUGGACCCUUAUGGGCUUGCAAAAGGUUAUACACGCAUGACCCGUAUAGAUCGCUACUGUCAUAGCAUUUGUAAUAUUUCUGUAUAGUAUACCUAAUUUACUACACACAUAUAUACACAUAUACAUAUAUUAUCCAUCGUAAAUGAUGAAAAAUUCGUCAUUUAUGAUGGAUAUCAUAUCAAAAAUUUUAGUUAUACAUAAUCGAAUUCUAAAAACUGAAUUAUUUAAAUUAUUGCAUUUGUGUAACUGCAUAGUUAAACUUGAUUAGUCUAUCUAAUAAUAAUGGUAUGAAUAAAAGAGUAUUUGGGUAUCGGACCAUGAAAUGUCGGAACGACUAUCAAACCUUAUAAAACGCGGACUGCCUGUUACCAUGGUUACCAAAUACAUCGUUAACCAUGGUUGUGAACGUCAUGGUCCAAAAUGAUUACUAUUGCGAUGAUAUGAAACAUACGGCAGUAACAAGCGAGUCGUGAUUGCAGUGAUCAAUACGAAAAAUAUAUAUAUAUAAUAAUUUUUAAAUACAUUUAGGGAAGGAUAAUUGUGACCUCCUUACAUUUUUUACAAUACUCUUCCAAUGAUUGUAUAUAAAUCAGAAAUUUCUGUAAGUAAAUUUUUGGUAAUCUAUCUUGAGUAGAUUUCAAAAUGUGUUUCUAUGUGAUAUAAUUUAAUUUCGAUUGUAUAUAAUAAUUUAUUGUAGCUAAUUUAACGAUAUUAUAAAAAUGUGUAAAUUUAUAAUAAAUGGCAAUGGCGUUGGGUUAUUUUCAGUUAUUGAUUAUCUAAAGGUAAAUUCGUGUCAAUAAAUUUAAGUUAAUAUGGUUUCCCCAAGGUUCUUGGAAGUUUUUUUGAAUUAUAAUCUAGAAAUAAUUAUCUGGAAAGGAAAAAGAAACCGUAAUUCUUCUUGUCUAAUCAUUAUGUCAUUUUUGACAGUUGACAUUUUGGAAAAUGGCCGCAACGCUAUUCUAUAACUUGUGAACUUUCCAAUUUAUUCACAUAUUUCAUAAUAUAAUGUUAUUUAAUUUACUUAUGUCAUAAUUUUAUUAUAAUUUGGAAUGUUUAUCUAAUAUAACCCGUGUUUUAUAAAAAAGCUGGGCGCAAAUACCAAAUUUUAAGUAGAUACCUAAUUCAAUUUCAGUUGUAAUUUUGACGUAUUACUUAACAGCCAAAAGUUGUGGAUUGAAAGGAGUGAUUGUUACUAUGGUUAACAUGUCAUGUUUAAGAACAAAAAGGUUGCCAUGGUAACGUCAACCUUUAAUCCACGUAUUGCCGCAAAAUAUACAGAAGCAACUGUAUGAGCCUGGGGAGAAUAUUUAAACCUACCUUUUGAUCCCCAGUGCCUAAAUUCCAGCAAGAAAUAGUCUGUAUAUAUCAGUUACAAAAUAAAAUCAUAAAUCAA